ACGAUGUACUACAGAACCAUGUUUUUCAUCAUUUGGCGGCCAUUUUGGAUCAGCUGAGUGCCUGCAAUGUUAAUGUACAGCCGUGUUACAUAGUUUCAUUCAAAACAAAAUGGCGGGCAAAAUGGUAGUUGCCGAAGAAAAAUAUGGAUCCGGGUCCUUAGAGAGAUCUUAUACUUUUACUACUGAAAGUGGAAAGUUGGAGAGAGUUAAAGGCGCUAAGGAUGCAUAUGGCACCUCCAUCCUGCAUUUCUUCAAGACUGCAUUUUUACCUCAAGGCUAUCCUGACAGCGUAAGCAAAGACUAUUUAGAAUAUCAAAUUUGGGACACUUCACAGGCUUUCUGUUCAUCUAUCACUGGUACACUAGCCACUCAGGCAAUGCUGAAAGGUUAUGGUGUUGGAGAUGACAAAGCUACUAUACUGGCUGCUACUAUAACUUGGUUAUUGCGCAAUGGUUCAGGAAUGGUUGGAAGCAUUCUCUUUGCCUGGAUGCAAGGGAGUAACUUGGAUUGUUAUGCAAAGAAAUGGAGAUUAUUUGCUGAUAUACUUAAUGAUGCCUCCAUAUUUGUUGAACUUCUCUCACCUUACUUUAAACCUUACUUUAUUUUCUUUGCCUGCAUAUCAAGUAUUGCCAAGUCAGUAGUGGGUGUGGCAGGAGGGGCAACAAGGGCUGCCUUAACACAGCAUCAAGCAAGAAGAGAUAAUAUGGCUGAUGUUGCAGCAAAAGAUGGGAGUCAGGAAACUCUGGUGAACCUCUUGGCACUACUUGCUGGUCUUGUUAUUACACCAUUGGUGUCUGGAAAUAUAAUAUUAACAUGGACAUUAUUCUUCAUCUUUACAUUUUUGCAUCUUUAUUUCAACUUCCGAGCAGUGUCAUCAGUUGUUAUGGAGACUCUUAAUAUCACUCGACUUCACAUUCUGGUCCAGGAUUAUUUACUCAAUGACAGGAUAUUGACACCAGAUGAAGUAGCUAAGCGAGAACCUGUAUUAUUUGGAUCAUCAAUAGGUGAAUGUCUUGAAAUCAGACUGGGUACCCAGUUUGGUAAUGUUAUUCACAAUGUUCAGGAUUUUGAGUCAGCUUUGCCCAACUCACCUAGCUGUACAUAUAUAAUGAGAGUGGACUUGAAUAAUUCAUGCACAUCAGGUACAGCAAAUAUUGUCCUUCAUGAGUCCUCAGAUGUGUUAGACCACAUUAAGAGCUGUUUCCAUGCUGCAGUUGUUGAUUUUAUUCUACGCAACAAUUCAUUAAACAAGGAAUUAGCAAGUCAAAAGCCUGGCUGUCAAGCAUUACUGGCACUUCAUAGUUUUUGGUGGCAAGAAAGAAACUCGUCAACUUCAUGUUGUUGGGAUCUUGUUGCACAGUCGCAUAACUUUACAAUUCAAGCAUUUCCCGAGUUUUUGGACAAUUUACAGAAAGCUGGUUGGUUAACUUCACAGAAUCACUUGGGACCCAAUGAAUGGAGAUCCGUAUGGAACACAAAAGGCGUCGAGAUCAAAAAAAUGAUAUAAAACACAGAACAAUAUAAUGAAAAAUAUUUUAAACUCUAGUAAAAUAGUUAGGAACUAAUUAUUUCACGAAGUUUGUAAAACAAAUAGGUCAGAAAAGAGAAAAAAAAGAUGUCGCUUUUCGAGCGGCUUACAGUUCUAAAGAUAUCAUUCGGUUGCGGAAAAUCGCCGAUUUUGUAAUGCGGUCUACUGUGUCAAUGCACUUAUGUGCGGAUGUCGGUAUGAAAUAUCGCCAUACAAUAAAAAUAUCGAAAACUGU